ACUCCGCGCCAGCUCUGCCUUCGGGCCGGCCUAGAAGGCUGAGCAGCUUCGGGCCGGGAGAAGCAAUGUUGGCGGGGACGGCGGGCGGUCCAGAGCCAUGUCCCCUCAGCGAGGACAGCUUCACGCGCUUCUCUUCGCAAAGCAACGUGUACGGACUCGCGCGCGGUGCCCAGGGCCGCGGCGAGUUGCUGGCGGCGACUCUUAAAGGGAAGGUGCUGGGCUUCCGCUACCAGGACCUCCGACAGAAAAUUCGCCCGGUGGCUAAGGAGCUGCAAUUCAACUAUAUCCCUGUGGACGCAGAGAUCGUCUCCAUCGACACCUUCAACAAGUCUCCCCCCAAGCGGGGCCUGGUGGUGGGCAUCACGUUCAUCAAGGACUCCGGGGACAAGGCCAGCCCCUUUCUCAACAUUUACUGUGACUAUGAACCUGGCUCCGAAUAUAACCUGGAUUCCAUUGCACAGAGCUGCCUGAACCUGGAGCUGCAGUUCACCCCCUUCCAGCUGGGCCAUGCCGAGGAAAGGUCAGAGACCUGCAUUCAGGUCCUGGCUUUGCCACUCCCUGCACGAGUGACCUCGAGCAUUGCCGGUUCCUGGGCAGAGCUGCUCUGCUACAAGGCCCAGGAGGCCAGGGGCCUGGAGUCAGGCCUCCCCGGGGCUGAGGCCGACGCCAGCUUCCGCCUCCUGUGGCACCGGAGUUUCGCCAGCCCCCUGCUGGCCAUGGAGCACGUGGAUCUGACUGGGGACGGCCUCCGGGAGCUCGCUGUGGUCUCCCUGAAGGGCCUGCACAUCCUCCAGCACAGCCUCACGCAGGCCUCCCACCUGCUCCUGAGCCGGCUUCGCCAGAGGGCCCAGCAGCAGCGGCGACAGCCCGGGGGCCAGGGCGAAGGGCCCAGGACCAUCGGCCUCCCCGUCCUUGGAGGCCCCUCUGUGCCUGGCCCCUUCUGACUCGGGUGGGAGCCCUGCCCAGACCUGCCUCUUGUCCCCUCGUCUUUCCCCUUCAGCCUCAGUGUCUUCCCCUGCAAAGUGGGGUGAUUGGGGGUGUCGUGAGGACCAAUAAGGGGCCAUCAGCCAAUCCGUGAGGCUUGUUGGGUCAGCCCUUCCCGGGGUCUGGGGAGGGAGAGGAUGCCGCAGGGACAGAGGCAGCCGCUUUGGUGCCAGAGACGAGGCGAGCAGCCCCGAUAGACCCAGGGGGAAUAUUGGGGUGACGAGAGCCACCUCCCAAGCCCUGCCGGGCGUCUCACUCCCCAUCCUGCCUUUCUUCCCUCCUCCAGACGGCAGCCCCAUCCUCACUCCCCUGACCACUCGCCCACUUUGGAGCCUGAGGUCCAGGGUUCGAGUUCUUCCACUCUCUGGGCUCAGCUGCCUUUCUGCCAAAUAAAGGGCUCACACUG